AUGGUUUUCAAGAGAGCCUCUUUCAAGAGAGCCUCUUCUAGCAUAGCACCUACCAUGAAUGCUACAUGCUUCGAGAAUACUGCCUGUACUGAAGAUUCCUUGUCAGUCAGAGACUACAGGUUCCUCUGGAUGCUCGUUGAGGACCUUUUCGAGAGAUUUAACGAGCAUCUUGUCCCUUCCAAGAUACAGAACAACAGGAAGGGCGACCUCAUCAGGCUCAGAUUGGUGAUCUAUAGCUCUCACCACCUUGCCUUUCAGUUCACCUAUGGUGGCGAGUUGUGUAUUUUUCAUGAUACUAUAAGUGAAUACGGCAACAGCGGCCGGCGACCUGCCAUCGACAAAGAUGCACUACCUCACGGCAAACUCACAAGAGACGAUAUCAACCGUAUAGAGGAAGAGCGCAAAAAGAUGAAAAACAAGAUCUACAUCGCAAACAAAGGCGAAGGCGAGCACGCACGUCGCUCACAGGCAAUACACGUUCAAGGAACAGGCCAAGCGGCUCUUGGUGGGAGGGACGAUGAAUGA